GCCAGAGUUUCCAGUUCAGACCUGCGUGUUGGGCGAUUUCCUGCUUGUAGAGAACGACUAAGAGUGCUAAGCAUCGAGGGCAUACUGUGGUACAAUUGACAAUGGCGGCUCCCAUGACCGUGACUCUCAAAAAUUUACAAGGGCGAUACAACGUGAAUAAGACUCAAUCGGACCCAUUUGACGACACCUUGCAGCUGCAAGGUAUAGGCUGGUUGGCCCGCAAGGCUAUCAGCGUUGCGUCCAUCUCGCUCGCCAUCAAGCAGUACAUUGGCGACGACGGUCUCGAGCACAUUGACAUCGAUCAGUUCGCCACGGGCGGGAUCAAGACGACCGAGCUGCGUAUCUUCGAUGACGUCUCACGCGAGCACAAAGACAUGCUCUUCGGCCUCGUGCAGGGUCGCAAUCGUCGCAUCAAGCUGUCGAGCCUCAGCGACGAAGACCCGGACGAGGCUUACCUCAAGGCAGGCUGGUCGCAAGACAUUGUCGACGACGACGAGAUCAUCGAUGGCAUCGUGAUCAGCGAGGCCAAUGGCUGGGAGGGGCGUCUGGUGUGGGGCUUUGCGAUCGUCGACGGAGAGAGAAAAUAUGUGCGGCGGUCGGUCGUCAAGAAGGGAAAGCAGACGAAGAGAAACAACAUGGUUUACGACUACGUCGGCCCUCUGUAGACGUUGUGGAGGCACGUGCGAGAGAAGAUUUAUGAUGAGGACUAUUUUUUCUUCUUCUCAGCAUCACUUCUUCUCGGUCUUAUCCUGAGCACGGAUAGGAGGUUUGGUGAAACAGACGGGUUUUUAGGAUAUGUCGAAUCGAAAACGAAAUGAUGAACAAACUGGUUGAAUGAACAACCACCUCAAAGUCCAGAGGUUCUGCGUAUUACUUCUUGCUCAUGGCAUCUACGUCCUGGACUCGCCCUGGAUAAUGCUGACCACAUACACAGCUCCGGGCGGUCUAGACGCAGAGAUUAAUGUGCUUGGUAAUGUUGACGAGCAAGCUAGCGAUCUACAAAAGGUG